UGUAGAGGUUAUUCGUGAUCAUCAAGGCGAAUCCUCCGGAAUGAGGCUCUUUCAUUGCACUUUCGAAGGGGCUGAACUCUGCGAUUAACUCUAAUGCAGUUAACUCGUGCAUACUAUUUUUGGUAGCCGGGAUUAGCGUUCGCGCUAUCCCGAAUUUAUUCUGACAUCAUUUGAAAUGAAUAAAAGCAAAUCUAGGCAGAAACUCUGUUGUUUCGCCAUGGAUUUUGCAUUUUCCGAGACAAAAACUCAUGCAAAAAAAUCAAAUCAAACUCAUUUUCAUGUGAUUUGAAUUUUCUAUUCAUUUAAUUCCUUUAUUUAGAAAAAGAGAGACUCAAAAAAAGAGACUACAGCGACUACAAUGACGAGUGCGAAAGAAAAAAGAUGAUGUUGGAUGAUGACAGCAACAAAUAUCAAUUAAGAUUAGUUUUAAGAGAAAAAUACAAAUGAUAAUACCAAUAUAGAACUUAGUUCUGCGUCGUGACAGUGGCUGCUGAAAAGUUGCAAGAGGCUAUUCUUACCGCAUAGGACGCAAACAAUUCGGCGAAUCCGUUCGAAAGAACUGGAAUGCUUUGAAUCCGAUGAUUGAACUAUGACAGUUAAUUUUCUAAAUUUCCAAUUAAUUGUUAUGAACAAAAAUAUCAAUUAGCAAAAAUAUCAUAAAAAACUUAUUACCCAAUUUCCUAAAGUUUGUUACGAUAAAAUUACAUUUAAUUGCAGUUCCCAAUAAUUUUUGUCGAAAAAAAUAGCGCUUGUGUGGAACCUUUUGUUGCACAAAAAAAAACCUCCUUAUUAAAAAGUUGUCAUUGUCAUUACAACAAUAUGACGCUGAAUAUUGUUAAAUCAUCUGGUUUUAUUUAAGAGAAAAAAAACUUCGCCAAAUCCCAAGUUGCUUGGGAUUUACAAUCAGGUUCUAAAAUAGAUAGAUAUAUAUAAUGUAUCAUGUAUAUGAUGUGAUAAGUGGAAAACGCCCAGAGUGUGUGCACGAUCAACUCGCUGCUAGUUAUUCGUUUAAUUAGUCGUCGAUGUGAAUUGGUUGCGAAAAGAUGUUUACAAUGCGUGCGCCAGUGAUUGCUUUCACCAUUUUUCUAAUUUGCUCUCAAGUAUCCACAGACGAGUCGAGCAAAGAUGAGGAGCAACGCGUCCAAGGUGUGCUGUUAAAAAUACUAACGGCCAGCCUGCAAGAAUCGCGAUACGCCGUGUUUGAGCACACUAUCAAAGAAUACCAUAAAGAAUGCUUCGAUCGAGUGUACAAAAACAUCUCUGAGGCAAACAAGCCGAAUAAAUUGGAGCAACUCGAUCGUUUGGAAACGUUAUACAAAACGCACAUCGAGAAUUACCCGAAACAAAAUCGUCAGGCCAUUUUGGACGAUCAAAUUCCCGAGCCAAUUUCACGAAAUGCUGGAAUUGCUACGAAUGCACUUUGCCAACAAAUGCACGGUUUUGCAGUGUAAACAAACACAAAUUUCUCUCGCCUAAUUGAUUUUCAUUCGCUAAUCACAAGAUUCUUGGCGAAUAAAUGUAAAGUGUGAAGUCGGAGAAAAUGAGAUUGAAAAAAAAUAAAAGACAAGAAGCGGUUUUAAUUAAUAUUCAAAGAUUUUGCUGUUGUUUUUUCUUCUUCUUCUUCUCUUUUGCUAAAUAUUGAUAAUACCUGCAUUGAUUCCGCACAAUUGGCCUGCCGACUGAAAGAUAAACGAGCGAUAAAUGCUGGUUCAGAGUCAGUUUCAUGUUUGUUGAUUAAUUUCUCUCAUAAUUGUGCAUUCAUCAACAGUUUGUGUCAAUUGGAGUGAGCGGGCGAGAUCGAGACAUUCUAUGCUUACGAGAAGAAAAAAACAACACGACACAACACAAUCCCACUCUACAUCGAUAUACAAAUGCAACAGAGAUAAUUCCCAUCAGCAGCAGCAGCAGCCGUUGGAGAAGAAGAGAGAAAAAAACAAACGUGAUGAUGUUUAAAGCGUGUCUUGACUGGGCGAAAGAAAGAACGGGAAAACAAACAAGUUUAUUGUGCUAAUCAAGUGCUGUAAAAUUCCGGUAUAUAUGAGAGGAGAGUCGUACAAACGUCUCUUAUGCUGGCUCUGUGUGGUGCAAACAAUUUGCGUCUGCACAUUUUGCAUGUGAAUGUGAGAGAACUUUCUUCAGAAUUAACCGCUACAUGACUGAAUGCAAUGCGCCCAUUGCAUGGCAACCACACAUUAAUUGAAUGGUAUGCAUGCCAUCGUGUGGCCACAAUGGGUUAGAUGCAAUUUAAAAAUGCAGCGCUCACAGUGAACUUUACUUUAGCAUACGCAAUUCAUUCAUUCAUUGUGGCGGAGGCAUAUAAACAGGCAUAGCAACGAUUUUUAUUUAGUUAAAUUGGUGCGUUCGUUACGAAUUGACGAUCCAAAGAGUCGAAUUCAAAAACUCUUUGCAUCUGUGGUAGCCAAAACAAUAAAAGACUCGUGAAAAUGACCAAAUUAUCGCUGAUCAUAGCAACAUCGUUCAUUGUUCAAUUGAUUUACAUAAAGAACACCACGCCAUCAUUCACCACAGCCAUCAAGGCACGAUCCAUUUCGGCUGAGAAUCAAGUGAAACGUAUCACCGAAAAUUUGACACUGGCAAUCAAUGGCCACGAAAAUGUAGAGAAGCGAUAUGAUGCAUUCAAAGCGGUUAUCGAUCGUAUCGGUCGUAAUUGUCGCAAAGUUGCAUUUCAAUCCAUCAUUGACAAGGCUAAUGUAAGCAAUGCCAAUGAUAUCAAGGCGCAAGUUGAAGAUUACUAUGUGAAACACGUGAAAAACUCGGCGGAACAGUCGAAACAGGCCAUUUUCGAACGGCAAGCUACACAACCCAUCGCACAAGCUGCAGCUGUGGCCGUCAGAGCAACGUGCCAGCAAAUGUUAAAUAUUGCCAAAAAUCGAAUUAAAGCCGCCAAAAAUUCUCCUGAUCCAAAAUUAAAUGAAAGAAAAUAAAAUGCCCAUUCUUUUUUUCUCAUAACUUCUUUACGCAUAAUAUUUAUGGAAAAAAAUCUCUUUAUUUAUUAUUUCUUCUUCUCA